AACAUCAAUCAGCUGCUGUGUUCACUUGUAUUUUUAAGACACUUUUAGGCAGGCGUAUAUUUUUUUUUAGUUAAAAGUAAUGUUAAGACAAACUUUAUCCACUUUACGUAGACCAGGCAAAUGGUUGCUGUUAGGCGUUCUUCCAUUGCAUUCAGAUGAAAAUGACAAUGUGUCAAAAGAAACAAAAACCUACAAAUCAUUUGUGCAAAGACCACCAACAAAUGAAACUGGCUGGGACAGGGUAAAGGAAAUCUUUCAAGUUGAUGAAUUUGGUUCCAUAUCGCCUGAACUUAAUUCCAUUUACCAAGCCGGUUUCUUGGGAUUUUUAGUGGGAGCCAUCUAUGGCGGUAUUAUACAAUCACGUGUAUCGUACAUGGAUUUUAUGGAAAACAAUCAGGCCACAGCCUUUCAAUCUCAUUUGGAUGCUAAGAGGAAAUUGCAAGACAAGUUCACUAUGAGCUUUGCCAAAGGUGGUUUGAAAUGGGGAUGGCGUGUGGCGCUGUUUACAACAUCAUACUACGGCAUUGUCACUUUGGUGUCAGUAUACCGAGAAAAAUCCUCCAUUUACGAAUACUUAGCAGCCGGUACCUUGUCAGGUGCCUUAUACAAAUUCAACAUGGGCCUAAGAGGAAUGGCUGCUGGUGGUAUUAUAGGUGGCUUUCUCGGAGGCAUGGGUGGAGCUGUAUCACUGCUGAUAAUGUCUUUGUCCGGCACCUCUAUGCAGGAAGUACGUUAUUGGCAAUAUAAAUGGAGAACGGAUAGAGAUGCAGCCGUUGAAGAAUCAUAUAAGUUGGCUGCCGAGCAAGAUGAACCCACACCAGAUAUUAUGAAGGCCCACGAUGCCAAAGUGGGAGAAAAAAUCACUUUAGAAAAUAUUAAAUAAAUUGUUGUUAGGCUUUAAAAAACGAAA